AUGUUCUCUUACGCCCUCUCCACAGCAAGCACGUACUUUCAUCUCCCCAUAGAUGAGGAGGAGGACGAGGAUAUCGAGAACUAUGAACGCAAAUAUCUUACAUGGGUAGCAGAGCCCUCUGGCUCAUCCUCAAAACGCGAGCAAUCCACAAAUCCCAAUCAUGACUCUGACGGACGCGGUGCCGCCGUCGUACGCGCUGUACUCGAAAAUGACGACCUUUACGAAAUCCUUGGUGUUCCUAAGUCCGCUACAUUGGACAAAAUGACUCUGCGAAGAGCUUAUCUCUCACGAAGUAGAGCUUGCCAUCCAGAUAAAUUUCCGGACAAUCCAGAUGCAACACAUGCUUUCCAGAAAGUCGCGGUCGCGUAUGAUGUGCUCAGCAAACCUUCCCUAAAACGUGUAUAUGACAACCGAUCACCUUCGUCAAAUUUCGAUGUUUUUGCUACUAGACCUAUGGGCCAUGCUGAAGACACUUUUCGGAGCGUUGUGCUAGGUGCCUUCAACGAUUUUCUCGAUGGCGACCUCGAGGUCAUCAGAACUCUGCUGAAGGCAAUCAAUGACAUCAACCCGUCAAUUAAGCUCGGAGAAGACGGUAUCAACUCUGUUCUUGUUACACUACAAGGCAUCCGCGAGCGAGCGCUAACUUGCCGGACAUGCAUCUACGCUCUACACACCGAGGUGACCCGACUACUUGAAGUGCAGAGUGCUUUCCGCGAGCUGUCAUACUUCGACCUGAUGGGUCGCUCGCGGCUGACUAUCCAGCUGACAAGGAUAACACUGAGCCUGCCGAUAGCUUUGGAGAAGGCACUGCAAGACCAACAGGCGUUCGAGUACGACGACGACGGGAAUGAAAAGGCGAAGGAGAGAAUAUUCCCUCGACAGGUGACACUGCUCAUCAAGGGUGUCGACGUUGCACUAGCAAGAAUGGAGAAGAUUCUCAAGAGAUGA